AUGAAAGGCAAUCAAAAAGACCCUGCAGAAGGAUGGACCUCCAAAAAGAUCACCUUAUGUUUCUUGCUUUUGAUCUCUUUCCUCUACAUCUCCUACUCUCUACAAUCUGUUUCGCCUUCCAAUCUUUGUAGGCAGCAGCAAUCUUUCACUGCCCAUGUCCAAUCACAACCAAAACCAAAGGUUUCCUUGCCUCCAAUUCCUCAGCCAAUUACAGCUGCAACCCCAGAAAAACCCCAAGAGGCCAAAACAAACGUAUCCCAUAUAGUCUUUGGCAUUGCAGCCUCAGCCAAUAUGUGGGGCCAUAGGAAAAACUACAUCAAGCUAUGGUGGAAGGCAGACCAAAUGAGGGGCAAUGUUUGGUUGGAUCAGCCUGUAAAAAUGGAGCCUGAGCAUGAUCACCUUUUGCCACCUAUAAAGAUUUCCAGUGAUACUUCCAAGUUUGAGUACAAGCACCCGAAAGGCCAUCAGUCUGCGAUACGCUUGUCACGCAUAGUUUCGGAGAAUUUCAGGCUAGGCAUGGAGAAUGUGAGGUGGUUUGUGAUGGGGGAUGACGACACAGUUUUUGUGACUGAGAAUCUUGUCAGGGUUUUGCAGAAAUAUGACCAUAACCAGUUUUAUUAUAUUGGGAGCUCAUCAGAGAGUCACCUGCAGAACAUUUAUUUUUCAUACAACAUGGCCUACGGUGGAGGGGGGAUUGCUAUAAGUUACCCAUUAGCCAAGGCACUAGAGAAAAUGCAGGACAGGUGCAUAGAAAGAUACACUGGAUUGUACGGCUCAGACGACAGGCUUCAGGCUUGUAUGGCUGAGCUUGGUGUGCCUCUCACCAGAGAACAAGGAUUUCACCAGUAUGAUGUAUAUGGGAGCUUGUUUGGACUUCUAGCAGCUCAUCCAGUCACACCCCUAGUGUCCCUCCACCACCUAGAUGUGUUUGAGCCCAUAUUCCCCAACAUGGACAGGGUCCAUGCCCUGCAAAGGCUCCACGCCCCGAUGAAGAUCGACUCCGCCGGGCUUCUACAACAAUCCAUUUGUUACGACAAGACCCGAUCCUGGACCGUAUCCGUUUCAUGGGGAUACACGAUUCAAAUAUUUCGAGGCAUUUUUUCGCCCCGAGAAAUUGAAAUGCCAUCUAGGACAUUCCUCAAUUGGUACAAGAAAGCUGACUAUACUACCUACGAAUUCAACACGCGCCGUUUCGGUUGGAACCCGUGUCAACAACCGUUUGUGUAUUACUUUUCUAAUGUCGUAUACAAUAAAAAUGCAAGCCACACAGCUACUGAGUAUGUUCGCGAUCAAGUACCGGACCCAGAAUGCCACUGGAAGAUGGCAAAUCCCUCCCGGAUUAAAAAAGUGCAAGUCUAUAAAGCACCCAAUCCACAUUUAUGGGACAAGUCCCCAAGGAGAAAUUGCUGCAGAAUUUUGCCAAACACCAAGAAGAACGGCACCAUGGUCAUUGAUGUAGGAGCAUGCAAUGAAGAUGAAGUCGUCGAAGUGCGGUAG